AAACCCGUGAAAAACGCUGCGCUAGAAACUUCCAGAUGAAACGGCCCAUAAAACACCCACACGCGGAGGCGAGGUAAGCCAAGGGGGGCGAGAUCAGGAGAAAGACGCAAAGGUCCCCUGGACCAGCAGCGCAAAGAGCGGGCGGGGUGUUUGGCUCAGAUCGAGUGGCCGCCAUGGCGGAUCAGUUCGCGGAUUCGGCGAACAAUGUGAUCAUCGAGGAGGUGAACAAGGGCCUGAACCCAGGAAUGGUAGUCCUGCUUGUAGUUGCGAGCUUCCUUCUGCUCUUCUUUGUGGGGAACUAUGCGCUGUAUGUGUACGCGCAGAAGACGCUUCCACCUAAGAAGAAGAAGCCGGUCUCCAAGAAGAAGCUGAAGAGGGAAAAGCUGAAGCAGGGCGUCUCCGCGCCAGGAGAGUAAACAGCCAUGCUACUGAUCUCCUCCUGAGCUCCUCUUUACAUGAUAAAAAAAUAUAUGUAGAUCAGCUGGAGCCGCAGUGUCUGAAGUGACUUUCUUCUGUAGAAGCUUUGUCUUGAAUGGUACAUUUGUAUUGUGUUUCAGCAACUGAUGAACCUUUAGCCUAAAUUGAGCUACUCCAUUGUUUCCUGCCCU